UUAACUGGGGGGGGGAUGACCGCUGCUGGUCACCGCAGGCGGUCCUGGCACAUCCACCCUGUGCAGAGGGCACGUGCUGCGGCUUCGCAGGGUGGCUGGCACCACGUCUCCGUCCCCAGUGCCGGGGCGUGCAGCGGGGUCCCCAGCUGCCGGGCUUCCCUGGGGCUGGCCGGGACGUGGGGGGCGAUUCCCCGGGCUGCUCCCCUUGGGGUGCACAGAGCAGGCACCGUGCCCCCCCGUCCACCCCCCGUCGGGGCGGCGAGCGGCCGGGCGCCACGCGAGGAGGGGGCUGUUCGCUGGUGGCAGCGGCGGCCUCGUGUACAUUCCUUGGCCAUGAGUUCAUGGCUGUGCUCAGGCCUGGCCACGGCAUGGCGCGGUGCUGGGGGACAUAGGGCCGGAGCGGUGACGUCAGGCCGCGGGGCCCGCGCCCAUCCUGCCUCCGACCGUGCCGCGAGCACCGGCGGAAGCGGCCCCGCAUCCUCCGGGAAGAGCGGCGGGGAAGCGUGGAAGCCACCGUCCCCGAUGGGAGACAGGGUGUUCCCCCCCACCUCACCGCCCCCCUCACCUGGGGACGCCCUGCAAGGAGAGCGCACCCCCCCGCAGCGCGACCGACCCAUCUCUCCAGCCAUCGUCCCCUCCGGACAGCCCGUCUCACCCGUCCCUCCAGCCAUCACCCCCUCCGAAAAGACCGUCUCGCCCGUCCCUGCAACCGUGACCCCCUCCAGGCAGCCCAUCUGCCCCCCAGCCGUGACACCCCCCUCCGAGAGCAGCACCCCACAGCGUGACCGACCUGUCCCUCCAGCCGCAACGCCGUCAGGACAGCCCGUCUCCCCCAUCCCUGCAGCUGCGGCCCCCUCAGCCGAGAGCAUCUCCCCCUGGUGUGACCGGUCCCCCCCCAGACCCCCCCAGCCCCCUGUGACGGAGCACCCCAAAGAAGAGGCAUCGCCCCAUGCCGCUGGCCAGCCAGUCCCCGUCCAUGCUGCUGCCGCCCCUUGCCCGGCAGAGACGCUGCCCCGCGGGAGCGAACCCCCGGCCCCAGCUGCUGGUGAAGGGGCCCCCUCCGAUGCCAAGAGCCCCCCGGGCGGCACAGCCGGGCCCUCGAAGGACGUGCCGCCCCGCAGCGACCGCCCCACGCCGGCUGCAGCCUCGCCGGCUCCUGCUGCCAGCCCCAGGCCCAAGCAAGAUGCCCAAAAAGCCCAGGCGAGGCACAAGCAGGCGAAGGAGCGGCGCGAGGAGCGGGCCAAGUACCUGGCUGCCAAGCGGGUGCUGUGGCUGGAGAAGGAGGAGAAGGCCAGGCUGCUGCGGGAGAAGCAGCUGGAGGAACGCCGCAAGCGCCUGGAGGAGCAGCGGCUGAAGGCGGAGAAGCGCCGCGCCAUCCUGGAGGAGCGGCAGAGGCAGAAGCUCGAGAAGAACAAGGAGCGCUACGAGGCAGCGAUCCAGCGGUCGGCCAAGAAGACGUGGGCAGAGAUCCGGCAGCAGCGGUGGUCCUGGGCUGGGGCCCUGCACCACGGCUCCCCUGCGCACAAGGAUGGUGCGAGCCGGUGCUCGGUGUCCGCUGUAAACCUCCCCAAACACGUCGACUCUAUAAUCAACAAGCGGCUCUCCAAAUCCUCUGCCACCCUCUGGAACUCUCCCAGUAGAAACCGCAGCUUGCAGCUGAGCCCGUGGGAGAGCAGCAUCGUCGACCGGCUGAUGACGCCCACCCUGUCCUUCCUCGCGCGCAGCCGGAGCGCCGUGACGCUGGCCGGGAACGGCAAAGAGCAGGUGCCCGUGUGCCCCCGCUCGGCCUCUGCCAGCCCCCUCAGCCCCUGCCACAACCACCGCCUGCAGCACCGCUGCUGGGAGAGGCGGAAGGGGACCGCCGGCAGCCCCGAUGUGACGCCGCGCCGCAGGACCGAGUCUUCGCCCAAGAAGAAGGAGAAGAAGGAGAAGGAUCGGGAGAACGCCAAGGAGCGCAGCGCCCUGUCCCGCGAGCGCAGCCUCAAGAAGCGGCAGUCGCUGCCAGCGGCACAGCCCCGGCUCCUGCCCGCAGCGGACAGCAGCCCCGGCCCCAAGAACCGUCCCUCAUCCCCCGCCACCCCCAAAGCCCGUCCGGCAUCCCCCAGCCCGGCCCUUGGCUCUCCCCACAAGCCGCCCCUGCCCCGCAGCACCCACUCCUCUCCCAAGGUGCGGGCCAGGGCCCGGGAGGAGCGGGGGGAGCAGGAGGGCCAGGCGAAGGCACGCGAGAGGAAGGAGGAGGAGCGGAGCCCGGCCCCCCCAGCCCUCCCUGAGACCCCCAAGGUGCCCGCAGAGCCAACAGCAGCCCCCCCAGCCCCUGCAGCCCCCAGCCCUGUGCCGGCCACCCCCCCAGGCAGACCCCCAGCUGGCACCACGGACCGGGAGGAGGCUGCCCGGCUGCUGGCGGAGAAGCGGCGCCAGGCGCGUGAGCAGCGGGAGCGUGAGGAGCGGGAGCGCCGGGAGCAGGAGGAGCGGGAGAGGCGGCUGCAGGAGGAGCGGGCGCAGCAGGCAGCGGAGGAGCAGACCCGCAGAGAGGCCCUGGCACGCCAGCAGGAGGAGGAACGGCGGCUGCAGGAGGAACGAGAAGCCCAGGAGAGAGCACGGGCUGAGCGGGAGGAGAUGGAGCGGCUGCAGAGACAGAGGGAAGAGGCCGAGGCGAGGGCGCGUGAAGAGGCUGAGCGGCAGCGCCUGGAGCGGGAGAAGCACUUCCAGCGCGAGGAGCAGGAGCGGCUGGAGAGGAAGAAGCGCCUGGAGGAGAUAAUGAAAAGGACACGCAAGUCGGACGCAGCGGAUGCCAAGAAGAAGGAGGACAAGAAGGUGGUGAACGGGAAAGCGGCCGAGCAGGAGGAUGUCCCAGGCUGCGAGAAGCAUGCAGGGCCUAUGCCGAAGGAGGAGGAACUCCCUGAGAUGAAGACGCUGAGCACGGGGACUCCGGGGGGUCCAAAGGGCCUGGCGGGCGAGGAGCUGCAGCCAAGCUCCCCGGCCAAGGAGGUGGCAUCCCCAGCAUCCCUGGUGAACGGCGUGCAGCCCAGCAAGCACGAGAACGGCUUCUCGGGCACAGAGGGGUCGCAGGAGCUGCUGGAGCUCUCCCACCACGGCAGCAGCCCCGGCAGCAUCAUCCCCUUCGGCGACAAGGAGCCCUUCCUCAAGCAGGCCGUGGUCAAGCCCCCCCAGGUGACAGAGGUGCUGUGAGGGCCUGGCCCUGACAGACGUCCCCGCGGGGGUGACCGCACACGUCUCGACUCCAGACGCCCGCGCAGAACCAUAGCUGUUGUCAGAAGAAAAAACCUCGCCGCUCCCCCCCGCCCACCACGCGUGCCCGGCCCUGCCGUGGGGAGCCCGGGCGGUGUGGGACCUCGGCGAGGCGGCCGCUGGCCCCCUGCCCGCUGUGGGGACGCCUGGUUUCUCUCUUUGUUCUUGUUUUUAUUUCGUUUUUUUUUUUUUUUUAAAUAUGCACCUUAUCAGACUGACACCCCCACCCUAACAGCCUGCCAGAGCCGCCCCAGACGUGUGGUGUAAUAAUGUAGUUAUUUAACUUGCUGGGUACAAUGUAUGUGAAUACUGUAAAUAGAGCUCGGCCAGACAUCGGGGACGCUCGCCUGGCCCGGCCCUGCGUGGGGCGGGAGGAUUCGGGGCUGCCCGGGGCUCGCAGGGAGAAGGGCUGCAGCCCGGCCGGGGGGAGGUCGCUCCCCGUCCCCACAUCCCCACGCAUGUCUGCGUGGCCCGGGGCCCGGGCGGCGCCACGUUGCUCUCCGUGCCGUUGUGACAGUGUUAUGCAUCCGGACAACCUUUGCGAACAAUAAAAGUGGACAACUGCC